AUGCUCGCCAAAGCCGUCCUUCUCGUCACAGUCGCAUGCAAUGCAUGGGCAUCACCCUACGUCGUCACCAACCCAGAAGAUCUAAAGAACGACUGGCACAGCAAUGACUACACCGGAACCCGCGGCAAGGACCAGAUGAUCCAUUGGCAGUUCACUCUCGAAGGCCACAACGCUGUCCCUGAUCCAGGCGACUUUUCAACCUUCUGCAAAGGCGUACAGAACGGGGAGCUGUGCGGCGAAACUUGCACCAAGCCCGGGGCCUUUGCGAAAUGCAAAAACGAAGCAUACGAGGCGCGUCAGUGGUUCAACGAUUAUGGCACUACCGUUGAAGUGCGUCGCACUACGUUCCCUGAUGCUGGGAAGAAGGUCAUUACCAGUGCUAUGGCCAACAUCACUGAGCAAGACGUGGUUGGCACGGUGCAUUACAAGCUGAAGUUUGGGGGUUUCCAGAAGCAAUUCAUUGACACAUUCAAUCCUCCGUCGACAAAGAUUUAG